AUGGCGUCGCAGAGCGGUUUAGAGCUGCGCGUGGGGAAUAAGUACAGGCUCGGACGGAAGAUUGGAUCGGGGUCGUUCGGAGACAUUUAUCUCGGCACGCACAUCAAGACGAAUGAAGAGGUGGGGAUCAAGCUGGAGAGCUGCAAGACGAAGCAUCCGCAGUUGCUGUACGAGUCGAGGUUGUACAAGAUUUUACAAGGCGGCACGGGCGUGCCGAACGUGCGAUGGUACGGCGUGGAGGGUGAUUAUAACAUCAUGGUGAUGGAUCUGCUCGGACCGAGCUUGGAGGAUCUGUUCAACUUUUGUAACCGAAAGUUGAGCCUGAAGACGGUGUUGAUGCUGGCGGAUCAGCUCGUGUCGAGGAUCGAGUACGUGCAUAGUAAAAGUUUCAUCCAUCGCGAUAUAAAGCCGGAUAACUUUUUGAUGGGACUCGGAAAACGAGCGAAUCAGGUCAACAUCAUCGACUUCGGGCUGGCGAAGAAGUAUAGAGAUCCAAAGACGCACUUACACAUUCCGUAUCGAGAGAAUAAAAACUUGACGGGAACGGCGAGAUACGCGAGUAUCAACACGCACGUUGGGAUCGAGCAAUCGCGACGGGACGACUUGGAGUCGCUCGGGUACGUUUUGAUUUACUUCUUGCGCGGAUCUUUGCCCUGGCAAGGCUUGAAAGCGGCGACGAAGAAACAAAAAUAUGAAAAGAUUAGCGAAAAGAAGAUGACGACGCCCAUCGAGGUGUUGUGCAAAGGCUAUCCGCCAGAGUUUGUGACGUACUUCCAAGUCGUGCGCUCGCUGCGGUUCUCGGACAAGCCGGAUUACUCGUACCUUCGCAAGCUGUUCCGCGAUUUGUUUAUUCGCGAAGGCUAUCAUACCAGCAGACGCAGGCGUUGA